GCCGGCUUCGUCAUCGGCAGUCGCGCAAUGGCGUUGGUGCGAGUCAGUCGUGUGUUCAUUUAAUUCUCCACCACCCGAGCGGACACCGGGCCAAAAUAUUGGCCUGUCAAUUCGUGCUCGAAUUACAGCUCCAAAACACUUCCUGUAAUUCUUGACGGAAGCAACAACGUUUCGUCAUCACGUACAGUCAAAUUUUGGUGCGAUAUCCACUCCGGUCAAAUCAUUUCAAGAUCAUGUCCAUCUCAUCGUAGUUCCUGAGUCAGUGUGGGUGUGCGUGUGUUGUGAACUUUCAGUGUAACCGUGACAGUGUUGUGUGUAGUGAUGGAUCCCGGAUCUCCUUCGUUGCUGUGGCCGCUGCGGCUGAGCAAGCCGGCGGUGGUGUCUGGGGAGCAUAGCAAAGCGGAGCGCGCGGCGUCGCCGGCGCUGGAGCGGCUGGCCUCGUCGCCCCCGUCCCCCGCGCCGCCCGCCCCCGCCAGCCCGCAGCCCCAGCAGUUCCAGGCAGCCCUGGUGGCCGACAAGUAUCUGCUGCUGGAGCAGGUGGAAGGCUCGUCGCUGUGCCGGUGUGUUGAUGUGCGGACGGAGGAGGAAUACGUCUGUAAGGUGGUGUCGCGAGAUUGCAGCAGCUUGCUGCAAGCGCACUACCGGCUGGACGGACACCCGCACGUCAACCCCUUGCACGAAGUUCUAGUCGGCGACAAGAGGGUGUACCUCAUCUUCCCUCGCUCCCACUCAGACCUACACUCAUACGUGCGAGCGAGGAAGCGGUUAAGAGAACACGAGGCCAGGCGGCUCUUCAGACAAAUGGCGGAAACUGUCGCAGCGUGUCACGAACAAGGCAUCGUUUUAAGAGAUCUCAAGCUCAGGAAGUUCGUCUUCGCGGAUCCCCAAAGAACAACGUUAAAGUUGGAGUCGUUGGAAGACGCGGUGGUGCUGGACGACCCUGAAGAAGACUUGCUUCAGGACAAGCGCGGCUGCCCCGCGUACGUGUCGCCCGAGAUCCUGCGCGCCAGCCGGACCUACUCCGGGCGGGCCGCGGACAUGUGGUCGCUCGGGGUCAUCCUCUACACCAUGCUCGUUGGAAGGUAUCCGUUCAACGACUCCGAGCACGCGUCUCUGUUCGCGAAGAUCUCUCGCGGCUACUUCGUGGUGCCGGAGUGCCUGUCGUCGCGCGGCAAGUGCCUCAUCCGCUCGCUGCUGCGGCGCGAGGCGGGGGAGCGGCUCAGCGCCGCGGACGUGCUGCGGCACCCGUGGCUGGCCCGCGACCCGCGCAACGAGCUGCCGCCGCGCGCCGCCGCCGCCAGCGACCGCCUCGUGCCCGACCUCGACCUGGUCUAGCCCCCCCUGCCCCAGCCGGGACCCGAGUACAGCCACCUCGCGGACGCAGCUCCUACAUAUCACCGCGAGGUGCAAGAUCUCCGCAGAGAUGUUAGUUUAGUUUAAGAUCCAAAGUUAGCCUCGGCCGGACGCGGCUGGCCCGCCCCGAGCUCUCAACUAAUUUAUAUAAAGUUCAGUCCACAGUAAAACCCGGGCGAAGUUUAAGGCUUCGGACGGGGUUUACUGUCGGCUUUACGAGCGGCUGGUGUGUCGGUGGUAAUGACAGAAAGUGAGACUGAUCGAGUUGUUGUGCGCGCGGCGCCGCUCGGACACAAACUGUUAUUUAUAAAGAGCAUUCUGUUAACUAUUACGGUAGGAUCCUCCGGAGAGUAGGUAAUCGCACUGCAAUUUCACGUCAGUAUCAAUCGUCAUAUUGGAAUGAAGUUGUAAAUGUAGUGAUAGGUAAAUUAUGUACUUAUAUUUUAUAUUUAUUGAUAAACUUAUGUCGUGUAAUUGUGAUCUCCACCGAAGUUAGCGGUUACGAAUUGCCAUUUUGUUGUUACGCAAAAGUGAUAUUGUCUUUUGUCAGAACAACAAUCAGUUGCUUCCAUCGUAGAGUUUUUAUAUUGUUUGGUUAUUUAAAUCGUGAAUUUGGCAAAUCAUAGGGUGAAAUUUAUAAUUCUUGUUAUCAAAUCGACCAAAAAUAUUAAGACUUAUCACCCGGUACUGUGAAUGGUAUGUAGAUUGUGGUUCGUGCCAUCUAUUUAAUUUAUCGUAAUAUAAUUGUUAUGUCGCUGGCCGCUGGUGAUCGGCAUAACAAUUCCUAAAAUGCCGUUGAGUACUUGGUGUUGAGUUGAGAUUUUUUUAUUGUAAAUUUUUUAUCAAUUUCUAGUUUUAGUUAAUAUUUUGUUCCAAAUCGAAAUCAGUGUUAUGUUACCAUUUCCAAAUUUUGUUACCUUGUAAAUCAUUUUUUUUUGGUAUUUCUCUUCAGUUAAUUCGCAAACAUUCUCUUGUAAUGUUGAAGUCAGUCUUUCAUAGUGAAGCAUGUUGUACAAUAUUAGUCUACUAUAAUGUAAAAUACAACUAUUAUUACCUUAAUUUAUACAAAUUGUAAAUAGAGCUAAGAAUCAUAAGGAUUAUCUAAAAAAGAACGAAUGAUAGAGGGAAAUAAAUAAUAAUUAGUAAAAAAUA